UGAUAUCCCUCUCAGCACAUCCACCUUUGUUGCAGACAUGACAUGUUUCUAAAUCACAUGUUACAGAAUGUGACUUAAUGAAUGUCAGGCAUGUCUGCACUGUGCUGAUUAAUGCUUGAAAUACAAGUGCUGUUUAUAUAUAUUUUGCAUUACAAUUAGCAUUAUUAGCAUAUGAUUAUAAGAUCAUUGAUCUUCUGUCCUUUCUCCAUAACGGUCCAUUCAAGCAUCUCCUCGGGGUGUCCCUGGUUGGUUAGAAAUAGAAUCACACUGUUAUAAAUAAUAACAUCAAGUAAAGUAGAAAUUCUGUGUUGUUUUAUGGAGGUAUGUCCUCUCCUAUUUUGGUAUUUCCAGCAAACCAAUGGGGAAUGUCACACGUUCCUAUGAGAGAACAGUCUGAGCAGGACAACAGCAGGGUUUCUGUUCAGGGUGAGGCCCAUGUAAUGUCUGGUUACAUUAGUCUAUGGAAAGUACUGUCUGGGGUUAAAACAACCAAUUAUAGAGAGCUUCAUUAUUGUAAACAUAUCUAUUCAUUCACAUUGUUUAACUGGGUCUCUGGAUCAGUUAUACUUUCUGUGUUAAUAACACUGCUGCAUUAAUGUGUAUGUUGCAUUUUGCUGCUGUACAUGUUUACAACUGUUAACUUGUUGGGUAGGUCGGCAUACAGCAGUGCAUCAUAAUCAAUAACAAUUCCAUGUUUGUGGCAUUGCUGUCCUGUGAGAACAAGGCAUCUCUAAAAAAAAAAAAAAGGGGAACUUUUCUUGAGUUUCUCUAAAAAUGCAGCACUAUUUUUGGGUCUGCGACAAUUUAAAUAAGUUAUUUGGUUUAAGAACUAGGAAACUUUUUUAAACACAUACAAGAACACUUAAUUUUUAAGUUUAUCCAUAAAAAAAAGGAAGUAAAUGUGUAGUAUAAGUAACUAUGCCUACAGAAAAUAGAAGUGAAACGUACAAUAUGUGUAUCUGAAAGAUAGCUCAGUAAGUGACCUUAGUUCAUUUCCACCACUGUGAAUCACCGACCAGUGUGUGAUUCGGCCACAGACUGUCAUUCAUAAGACUCAAUGGAGUUUCAAAGAAGAGGAGGGGCUCUUCCUCUCGGUGUUACACCUCACGCUGUGAGAUAUUCUGUUACACUGCUCCACAUCUCUCGGGCUACCGACAGCUGCUGCGAGAAUCAGCCUUACAGACGGGCACGAUAUUUUCUCUGGACGGCCAGAGGAGAUGGUGGCGUGUUCUCGGUGCUGCAAGCUUCUUCUUUGGAAAGGAUACUUGCAACCCGGUGUGUAUUUUAGGUGCACUCGGUGUCAGCAUCACUGCGCACGGAUUUAAGUGACUGAUUUCUGCCAUGCAUCCGCAUUGGAGGAUUAUGGGUCAUGCUGCCCAUGCAUGAUACUUCCCUGCGCUUUGAUGCAUGAUGCAAUUGCAUCAUGCUUUUUCCUGAUGUAUCAGAUACAUUUCCUGACAGAAGAUCCUGUUAUUCCUGGCAGCUGCGCGCAUUGCCUACCUGUGUGUCCGCCUCACUGACAUCUCUGCUUGCAAGCUUGUAGGUUUUUUUUUUUUUUCGUAAGGCAUCGUUAUCAUCCACACAGACAUGCCUCUCCAACGCUGGCUGCUGACCUCCCGCCAGACGUCUUAAACACCGCCAGGAUCGCGGGGUGAGCGACAUGGACAGUGGGAGCCGGGCUGUGACGGUGGGAGAUGGGGCAGCCAAUUUCACAGCGGCAGCCCACCUCUGGCUGGAGCCGCUGAACGCCUCCAGCCCGCCGCCGCUGCUGUGGGACAGCGGCAGGGCUGCGGAGGGGACCGGGCAGCGCCUCCUCCGAGAGCAAGCCUACCGGGACUUCACCACCGCCAUCCAGGUGUUCAUCCUCAUAGGAUCGCUACUCGGAAACGCCACAGUGUUGUGGUGCACCUGCUGCACAAACGUCUUCAAAUCUGUGACCAACCGAUUCAUCAAGAACCUGGCGUGCUCGGGGAUCUGCGCCGGCCUGGCGUGCGUCCCCUUCGACGUGGCGCUGGGAGCCAGCCCGCGCUGCUGCUGGUGGCUCCACACUCUGCUGCUCUGCAAGGCCAUCAAGUUCCUACACAAGCUCUUCUGCUCCGUCACGGUGCUCAGCUUCAGUGCCAUCGCACUCGACAGAUAUUACUCUGUGCUGUACCCGUUGGAGAGGAAGAUCUCCGAUGCGAGAUCCCGAGAACUUGUCAUCUACAUCUGGGUCCACGCCAUGGUGGCGAGCCUCCCCGUGUUCGCUGUGACCAACGUGACGGAUGUGUACGUGACCUCGUCCUGCUCCGACGACCACGCCCGCUCGCUGGGCCACAUGGUGUACGUGUUGAUCUACAACGUCACCACGGUGAUCCUGCCUCUCGCGCUGGUCUUCCUCUUCAUGCUGCUGAUCCGCAGAGCGCUCAGCACCAGCCAGAAGAAGAAGGUGAUCAUCGCGGCGCUGCGGACUCCUCAGAACAGCAUCUCCAUCCCGUACGUAUCGCAGAGAGAAGCCGAGCUGCACGCCACGCUGCUGGCCGUGGUGCUGGCGUUCUCCGCCUGCAGCGCCCCCUACGGAGCUCUGGUGGUUUAUCGCAGCAUCUUGGCGGACACUAAAGAGCUCCCGGCCUCCUUGUACCUAACGGCGCUGUGGCUCCCCAAGGUGUCCCUGUUCACAAACCCCCUUCUGUUUCUGACGGUGAACCGCUCGGUGCGCCACAGCUGGCUGGACCUGCUUGCCCGGAUUCACAGGCGUUACAGCCGCCGUAACGUGGUCAGCACCGGGGGGCUGGACUCUUUGGGAGCUGAGGGGGUGAUCGGGGAGCCAGUGGGGCUGGAGACCGCCGGCCGCUCGGGGAGCCAGCUCCUGGAGAUGUUCAACAUCGGCCAGCAGCAGAUCUAUAGGCCCUCUGAGGAGGAGGAGGACGUCGAGAACGAGGUCCCUCCUCAAAUAUCAGGAGGUUGCUCUGGGCCUAAAGACGACCACAAGGGCAGGACGAGACUGGGGAGCUUUAGAGGGGAGGUGAUCACCACAAAAGACACUCUGCAGGGGUCAGGGGGGGGCCUGAUCAUCACUAAGGAAGGCCCUCCUUUAGUCACAGCACCGAGGGCCUCUCCGGUCCACACAUGUGCUUACGCCUCUUCCUCUCAGGUGGCCCCAGCGACACCUACAGAGGCUGAGGACUCCCCACAGUUUGGGUUCGGACCCUUUGAGCUGCCCCCCCAGUGGUUACCGGAGACGAGGAACAGCAAGAAGAGGCUGCUGCCUCCUCUGGGGAACACGCCCGAGGAGCUGAUCCAGACCAAACUGCCCCGGCCGCGGCCCGAGAGGAGGAUCAGCAGGAACAACAAGGUGAGCACCAUCCCCACGGUGGACCUGUGAACUGCCCCCUCUGACCCGCAGCACUGGACACCACACAUUACAGUGUGGGGCGAAUCAUGCUGCUCGGUGAGACGCUUGGUUUCUUUUUGUCUUUUGAAACCUUCUUUUGAAUUUUCUCAGACAGUUUGUAGAGGUUUUUCUGCUCGACUACUGCAGUUUUCUUAUUGGACGAGAAUCAAUUUGAUAUCAAAUAUUUACACGCUGGGAGAAAUGUGUCCAACUUCCCAUGCAACUCCGACAGAUCCAAUUACUUGAUUAAGGAUUUCUACCACGGCUGCAUGAUUACUGGGAAGGCAGACCUCUGUUUUUGAAUCCGUUUUGAUUAGAGCUGGCUCCAGUAGAACAGACCCACUGUACAAAUCCAAUUCUCCCGAAAGAUGCACUGAUACAGAAUCAUAUAUUUCCAUAGCAAAUAAUGAAGCGAUUAUAUCAAACCUGCUAUCGAAACAUUUAUUAAAAUGGUUAUGCUGUGAUUGCACUCUGUAAAUGAACAUGUCUCAGUGUCAGUCCUUUCUCUUAACCCUUUGUGGGAAUGUGUUUUGUAUCUAUGUUUUACUUUUGGGAUUAACUCGUCCCCUGCUGGCCUUUUUUUCUCAAGUCUCUUUUGAGAAAAUAUUAACAUAUCUUCUAAUGUGGUAGAUGUUGUUGUCAUUUGUACUUUAAAUGUAAGUGGAUUUGAUAAAGAUAAAAAAUGCAGAUGUAAUGUAUGCAAAUACCUGUUAUAAAAAUGUGAAAUUUUCAGGGUUUAUUUGUGUUUUUAGAUUUGUUUUCUGGAACACAAAGUGCAUUACAUAGACAGGAAUAAAGGAGGAAGGUUACCUGUGUGUUUGAAAACAACAACACACACAAAAGGAA